AUGGUAAGCAGCAGAAUUCUGAUAAUUGGAGCAACUGGUUACAUUGGCCGACAUGUGGUCAAUGCAAGCCUUGCUCAAGGCCACCCCACAUUCCUCCUUGUUAGGGAAUCCACAAUUACUAAUUCUGACAAGACCCAAUUGUUAGAUUCUUUUACUUUGAAAGGAGCAACAAUUUUCAAGGGAUCCCUAGAAGAUUAUGCAAGCCUUGUAAAGGCGCUCAAGGAGGUUGAUGUGGUUAUUUCCACUGUAGGAGCACAGAUAGCGGACCAAUUCAAUCUUAUUAAGGCUAUUAAGGAAGUUGGAACCAUCAAGAGGUUUUUCCCAACAGAGUUUGCCAACGACUUUGAUAGACACCAUGCAGUAGAUCCUCUCAAAGGUGCAUUUGACUUGAAAGCCAAAGUUCGUCGAGCUACUGAAGAAGCAGGCAUUCCAUAUACAUAUGUCUCUGCAAACACUUUUGCAGGGUAUUUUCUUCCAAACUUGGCACAGUCGGGCCUUACAGCACCUCCAAGAGAUAAAAUUGUUAUCUAUGGAGAUGGAAAUAAGAAAGCUGUGUAUGUAAAGGAGGAAGACAUUGGGACAUUCACAAUCAUGGCUGUGGAUGAUCCUAGAACCUUAAACAAAAUUCUUUACUUGAGGCUUCCUGCCAACACACUCUCCUUAAAUGAACUUGUAGCAUACUGGGAGAAGAAGAUAGGGAAAACACUGGAGAAGCUGUAUCUAUCUGAGGAGCAAGUUCUCAAACAAAUUGAAGAGACUCCUUUUCCUGGUAACUAUAUGAUGGCAAUUUAUCAUGCCCUGUAUGUGAUAGGUGACCAAACUAAUUUCGAAAUCGGAUCUAAUGGAGUGGAAGCCAGUAAGUUGUACCCAGAUGUGAAAUACACAACUGUUGAUGAGUAUCUCACUCAAUUUGUGUGACCUACUAGAG